ACUCAUGACCCAGUAAAUGUUACCAAUUAAUCUUUGUUUUAAUGGUAAACCUUUGGCCUUUUUUCUUGUUGUCUUUUUGCUGUCGACAUAGAAUUGAAAAACAAUGUAUCUCAGGCACCGAAAGUACCCUUAAUAAAUAUAAACUCUCCCAAGUACAGAACUACACAUCCACUUCAAAGAUUUCAAAAGCAACAAUGGAAUCUCAACAAUCACAUAACCAAUUAAAUGUAAUUUUUGUUCCAUAUCCAACUCCAGGCCAUAUGAUUCCAAUGAUAGACACAGCAAGACUAUUUGCAAAACAUGGUGUUAAUGUUACUAUCAUCACUACACAUGCCAAUGUUUCAACCUUCCAAAAAACCAUAGACAGUGACUUCAAUUCAGGUUACUCUAUCAAAACUCAACUUAUUCACUUCCCUUCAGCUCAAGUUGGUCUUCCUAACGGUGUUGAAAAUCUCAAAGAUGGAACUUCCAAUGAAAUUCUUGAUAAAAUAACUCGUGGAAUAAGCAUGCUUCAAGAUCCUAUUGAGGUUUUGUUUCAAGAUCUUCAACCAGAUUGUAUAGUCACAGAUAUGAUGUAUCCUUGGACUGUAGAAGCAGCUGCAAAACUUGGUAUUCCAAGGAUUCAUUUUUACAGCUCAAGCUACUUCUCCAACUGUGCUUUUCAUUUUAUCAUGAAGUAUAGGCCUCAUGAUGGUUUAGUUUCUGAUACACAGAAAUUUACUAUUCCUGGUUUGCCUCAUACUAUUGAGAUGACCCCUCUGCAGAUUCCUGAUUGGUUAAGGGAAAAGAAUCCUGCCACAGCUUAUUUUGAACCAAUUUAUGAAUCAGGGGAGAAAAGCUAUGGCACACUAUACAAUAGUUUUCAUGAGCUAGAAAGUGAUUAUGAGAAACUUAGUAGAAGUACAUUGGGGAUGAAAUCUUGGAGUGUAGGACCAGUUUCAGCUUGGGCUAAGAAGGAUGAUCAAAAGAAGGUGAAUAAGGGACACUUGGGGGAGCUUGGAGAAGAGGCUGAGUUGCUAAAUUGGCUUAACUCAAAGGAAAAUGAGUCAGUUUUGUAUGUAAGUUUUGGAAGUCUUACUAGGCUAGCUCAUGCUCAGCUUGUAGAAAUUGCUUAUGGACUUGAAAAUUCAGGUCAUAAUUUUAUCUGGGUUGUUAGGAAAAAUGAUAAAGAUGAGGGUGAAAAUAGUUUCCUGCAAGAUUUUGAGCAAAGGAUGAAAGAAAGCAAAAAGGGGUACAUCAUAUGGAACUGGGCACCACAGCUUCUGAUAUUGGAUCACCCUUCAACAGGUGGAAUUGUGACUCACUGUGGUUGGAACUCGAUUCUCGAAAGCUUGAAUGCUGGUUUGCCAAUGAUCGUGUGGCCAAUGUUUGCUGAGCAAUUUUUCAAUGAGAAGUUGCUUGUUGAUGUUUUGAAGAUAGGAGUCCCUGUUGGAGCUAAAGAAAACAAGUCAUGGAAUAGUGUUUGUGUAGAGGCAAUGGUUAGAAGAGAAGAGAUUGCAAAGGCUGUUGAGAUUUUGAUGGGAAUUGGCCACGAGAGCAAAGAAAUGAGGAUGAGAGCAAAAAAGUUUGGUGAUGCUGCCAAGAGGACUAUAGAGGAAGGUGGACACUCUUAUAAAAACUUGAUUCAGUUGGUUGAUGAGCUGAAAUCAUUGAAGAAAUCUAAAGCAUUUAGUGAUAAAGCAGAUUAGAUCAUUGAAUGAAAGAGUAAUCUUGAAGCAGAUUAAUGAGCUAGCUGAUGAAGACUUUGAAUAUGAUGAAACAACAUCCAAGUAAUUUUCUCCAGGUUUUUUGUUGCUGUAAUCUAGAGUUCAAUAAGAUGAAACAACAUCAAAUCAUUCUUGUGCACUGCAAUGAUGAUAAAAUUAGUUAGUUUUUACCAAUCAACUUUCAUAUUACACUAAGAUAAAUAUAUGAUGAUAAAUGUUAUGAUAUAUUUGUACCUUUGUAAAGGUCUAGAUAUAAUGGUUCACUUCUCAGUACUCAGAUCAUUAUCCAUUAUCCAUAAUCAAUAAUCAGAAUGCUAAUGUUUUAAUUGCAGUUUGCUAGAGAAAGAAGAUAUAGUAGUGUAUCCAAUUCUUAUCAAAGUAUUAAGAGGGAGGUGUAGUAUAGAAAUUGCAUCUAAUGCAACAAUGGUUGUAAAGUGUAUAAUUGGUAAAUGCUGAUAUUAAAUGAAACUGAUGUCAUUCAUUGGAUCCUA